CGCCGUUAAACCUCAUCGAAGAAGAAGUCGUAUUGUUUUGAUUCGUUGUAGUCGCACAGCCGAAGUACCGUUUGUCUGCAGUAAUGAAGACCUCCCAGUCAGCGGCGACAGAAGGCGAUAAUGUCACUUCCUGGGUGUCUGUGUGCCCCAGGGGCUUGUGGGAGGUUUGUCAGAGGAGGAAACGAGGGGCGGAGCCAGCUGACCCCUCUGGAGACGUCUACCCCGGGAUUGGCUCUCUGUGUCGGGUCAGAGUUCAACGCCAAGGAGAACCUACAGCUGACCCGGAGCUGUCACUCAAACCUGACCUGCCAAUCGCAGUCCUUUCAGAUGCCCAGGUCCCACCCCUACAGCGCUCCCAGGGUACCAUGCUGCAGGUCCCGCUUGGUGAUUGGAUCAUUCUGAGGCUGGGGGAGGGGCAGUGUGACAUCACAGAGGGGUGUGUGGAGGGGAUGAGAGCUGGAGAGAAGUGUGAGGUAAUGCUGACCCCACUAACAGACGGACUCCGGGGAGGAGAAGAGGAGCAGAAGAGAACAGGCCCUGACCAGUCCCUGAGUAUAACAGUAGAGCUCCAAUCCUUCUCUCCUGGCCAUGAGUCCUGGCAGCUGUCAGCUGGAGAGAAGUGGGGCUGGGUGAUGUCACACAAGCAGAGGGGGGGGGACAGGUUCAGGGCGGGGGACGUGGGGGGCGGCAGACAGCUACAGCCGAGCCAUCAAACUCCUCAUCACCCUAAAACUACACACACGGGGAGAAGGGGAGGAGAUGACUCCGAUAGAGGAGGAGGAUGAGGAGACGGAGAAGAAAGAUAUCCUCGAGGCCCCUACAGAUCGUCAGUACCGUUCCAUCAAGGCCUCUCUCUACUCCAACCUAUCCCUAUGUCAGCUGAACCUAGGCCAGUGGUCCCGGGCCAGGGGGUGUGCCUCCAGAUCCACCCUGCUGGAGCCCCAAGGGCUGAAGGCCUGGUACCGCCUUGGGCAGGCCAACCUGGAGGCAGGGGAGCUGGAGGAAGCCAACAGGGCCUUCAGGAAACUACAGGAGCUCCAGCCUGACUCUCCCUACGCCCUGAGAGGACUGAGAGAGGUGGGGAGGAGGGAGCGAGAGACGAAUAGCAGACUGGGACAGAGACUCGGCAAGAUGUUCAGCUGAAGAGGGAGAGCGAGAGAGGACUGAUAGCCAAGAGCUGUUCUAUAAACUACAUCUAAGAAGUGGUAUAGAAAUUAGCUGGAAUUAUGGGUAGGACGGCUUUUCACAAACUCGGUCCUGGGGACGCCAAGAGCCACACAUUUAGGUUUUUGCCCAAGCACUACAUUACUAAUUCAAAUAACCAAAGCUUGACGAUGAGUUGGUUAUUUGAAUCAGCUGUGUAGCGUCAGGGCACCCCAGCUAGAAACGCUGGGGCAGGAUUAGGGUUGUAAAGGGAGGGUAUAUUACUGGAAACCUUCAAAGUUUACCAGUAAACUACCAGAAUUUUGGUAACUUUCAGGUUUUGGGGAAUUUAAACUAAUUAGUUAUCUUUUUGGGUACCUCUGAUUAUCUGUGGCCGCGUUUAGUCACAUCAGACUUUUGAUUAAUCAGAUCUUUUCACAUUACAUCUCUUUUCAGAGCUGAUCUAUUUAGUGGGAAAAUACCAAUUAGUGAAAAAAAGACCAGAAUUGGGCAGCCUGUGUGGCCUUAACACAUGCAGGGACAGAUUAAGGAAUCACAGGCCCCGGGGCUUUGUUUUUUUUCUUAACGUUUUUUUAUUGAUUUCCACACAUGGGGAACAUUUAUUAGCAGGGUCCCCCCCCCCAAUUUUUUUUUGCCUUUUUUAAAAAUACAAUUCUACAUCAUUUACAUGACAGAAGACAGCUGAGUCUUUUUUAAUACAACACAAAUGAGUGGCUACUCUAACAAAUCAGUCUGGUCUUGACAUCAAACAAACAUUAGCCAAUGAUGUGGAAAAAAAGAUUGUACAUCUUAGGAGGAGAUAUUUAUGUUUGUCUAUCUACACACAUACAUACAGUUGAAGUCAGAAGUGUAUAUAUACCUUAGCCAAAUACAUUUAAACUCAGUUUUUCAC